UCAGUCUUUCACAACUGCUUUCUCUCAGCUCGACAUGCACACAGCCUAAUUACGUUUGGCAAUCGGAGAGUAGUGUACUACUAUCACUCUAUCCGUGCCGAUUAUUUCUGGCGAGACUUUUAAUCCGACGACAGCGGUGAUUGGGCGGCGCAGUCACGGGGUCCGCAGUCUCUUCGCCCUGCCUAGAGUCAGUCAGUCAGUCGGGGGAAGGCGAGUCUGCCUGCAAGCGCUUCUCUCUGUGUGGAUCCACCAUACACACACACGUACACGCUCACGCGGACAUUCACACAUAAUUAUUGUUAAUUACUGAGCCCUUCUCGGUCUUCUGAGAGUCUGUUUUCCACCAUGGGCGACAAAAAGAGCCCAACCAGGCCGAAAAGACAAGCCAAACCGACAGCGGACGACGGAUUUUGGGACUGUAGCGUGUGCACUUUCAAAAACAGUGCCGAAGCCUUCAAAUGCAGCAUCUGUGAUGUACGGAAGGGCACGUCUACCAGAAAACCCCGGAUAAACUCGCAGCUGGUGGCACAGCAGGUGGCCCAGCAGUACGCCAUUCCUCCUCCACCAAAGAAAGACAAGAAGGAAAAGCCUGAGAGGCCUGAGAAAGAUCGAGCCGAGGGGGAGCGUCCCGAUAGAAAUCCGCAUGACAGCGAACACACGGACAAGGACAAGAGUGAGAAGGAGCAGCCUGACAAAGAGAAGAAGGACCGAGAGAAAGAAAUCACCCCAGCCGUCAUCAAGAAACCCAAGAGCAAAAAGAACAAACCCAAGUCAGACAGCCAUCAAAGCCCACCCAGUGAUCGCAACAGCAUUCAGUCCGGCAAAUCCACAACCAAGACCAAGAACUCCCAUAUCUCCAGGCCCAAGCUGAAAAACAUUGACAGGAGCACAGCCCAGCAGCUGGCCAUCACCGUGGGGAAUGUCACAGUGAUCAUAACAGACUUUAAGGAGAAGACCCGCACCUCCUCCACCUCGUCCUCCACAGUGACCUCCAGCGCCAGCUCUGAACAGCAGCACCAGAGCUCUGGCUCCGAGAGCAUGGACAAGGGCUCAUCCCGUGCUUCAACACCAAAGGGAGAUCUCUCGGUCGGGCACGAUGAGUCAUUCUGAGCACCUCGGACGCUGUCAAGACAGCAGGGAUGUACUUUGCCUCCACUUUCCCCUCUCCUUGCCCUGAGUCAACUCGUAUUCAUUUCUAUCAUUGAAACAGGGAUGUAAGGUCCUUGUACCCACACACACUCAACAUAACUACACAUACAUUUGUGUGAAUGGUGCAACCAUGGCGGACCAUUGAUUUUCCCUUCCUGGAGACAUCCCACUCUUGUAUGUAUUGUAUUAUAUUUGUAUGUGGAUGUGCAGCUGAAUCAACAUUUUUUUGUUUUAAAAAAAUUAUAUAUGUAAAUGUCCGUGGUGCACAAUAACCACCAACAUUUUAACUAUUCUGGACCAUUAUUGCUCUAAUUUAUUAUGUUGCAUCUUUGUACCCUGUUUGUUUGUUUUUUUUUUUCGGAUGGACCGUUUUUCUCAGCUAAAGUAGCCAACAGCUCCCCUUUAGUGCUGAAAUGAUUUUUCUGAAGAUCCCCGAGAAACUUCUCACAAUGGUGCUAGAUACACUGUGAAAUGAUUUCACACCAUCGAAACAGAUCCCUCUGCUCCUGGAAACAGUGGAAAUAUUUGUGUCCUGGUGUCAUGACGGCUGCAUUCUUCUGUUGCUUUGUUUUGGGAUCUUUUUUCCUUUUUGCAACUGAUCUGGACAUUUGUGCACUGAUGGUCCUGAGAUCUGGUUUCGUCAACAUACUGAACGUAUGGUGUUUUGCAUCUGGUGUGUUAUGGAGAAAACAGCUGCCAUUCACAAACUGCAAGGAGAAAUUGCAAGCUUGAUGUGAGCUAUGGAUUUGAUCGUUCUGAGGUGAAUUUGAGCUUUCUCAACACUCCCUUGGCUUAACAUCCAGUUUUGCAAUCGUAACCGCUUUUGUUGUUCUUUAUGGUCUACAUAUGAUGUAUUGUAAAAACACUAAAAGGUCUGUAGGCCUUUAAUUUUGAAGAACUACUUUUGUUUUAUAGUUAUUUUUGAUCGAAAGAUACAGAUUUUAAUCUUAGGGUUUUACUCUGCCUUGUUUUAAUCUGAAUACAAACUUGUGAAGUUUUUUUUCCCCAUAAUCUACAGAAAUUUAGAUGAUGGUAAGCAGUGCAGUAUUUACUAAAACAGUCCCAACUCUAGAAAUAAGUGAUAUUGUGCUGAACAUGAACUGUCACUGAAUGCAUGGGAAAACUCGCAAGCAUUCAGUACUAAAAUUUUUUGAUUUGUCACAAUAAAUUGAUGCAAGCAUGAUUUCAUACAAUAUUCCCGCUCCCCAUUAACGCAAGAUGUCUAGCAGGCAGUCCCACACAUCUCAAGGUCAGCACAUCUUCCCUAUUGAAGUGUAUUAAACUUGUACAAAGUAUGUGUAUAUGAUAUGAGUUUUAUUUAUUGAAGGACCAAAGGAAUUUGAUAUUGAAGACAUGCUAGACAAAUGAAUAAUUCAAAAUGUAAUUACCAUAUGUGUGAUAUAACAUUUUAAUAAAGUCUAAUAUAAUCCAUUUCAAAUGUGUAAUUCUUGUCCUCUUGAUAUAUGCAGAAGAUUUGUAUACUUGUAAAGUCAUAGACAUUCAUGUCAAGUCUGUAAAGACAAAACUGACUUUUGUCACUGUACUGCGUGUUAAUUCUGUAACAGCAUAGAAUUAUUACAGUAAACUCCCAUCAAGCUGUUUUUCCCUUUCACAAAUUGUGCUUUUAAGCCUUUGUGUUGUUUUGAAAUGAAGAGAUAAAUGGACAAUAUUAUUGGCUGGCAACUUCGACGCUUUGAAUAGGUUACUGUUUUUGUUAACAGAAGUAGACAGACUAAAGCAUUAUGUAUAAAUGAAGACUUCACUGGGUUGUUUUGUGAGGGUAACCAUGUGUCUUCUUUAUAUAUUUGUGAUGUUAACCAACCAAAGCGGUAUUGAUUGUUGGAUACAAAGCAUUUAAGUUGUAUUGAUAUUGACUUUUUCUCACCCAAUUAGAUCAGUGCAAUUCAAGAUAGACACUUCGUAAAAUCUUCUUUUUCUUACAAGUAUGCAAAGUAAUAACCAGAAUGGGAGCUGUUUGACAAAUCACAAAUCAAUGGGGUGUUAAUUAUUCUGCAUUAUUCUGAUUACUGAGAUUUUACUACAUUUUAACCCCAAACGUCAUCAAAUGUGCAAUGUAUAGCAUAACGCAAUGUUUCGUAAAAUUGUAUGAAUAUAGCCAUUUUUUCACUUGCCUUAUCCGCUGUCAGAAACAGUUACCUGAAUUUUGUAAAACUGUAAAGAAAAAAAAAAGAACAAUGAAUUGUAUGUUAAUUUAUUUUGAUUUGAGGAGAAAAAACGAUUGCUGAAUUUAAACCGUGCUUAUGUAUAAUUCAAAAUGGUGUAAAAGCCAACGUAAUAGGCUAUGAAUGGCAAUGGAGUUUUUACGCGCAAGCAGCUCUGUUCUUGUGUACGACUAGUAACCUUAAUUUACUGUGUAAAGAUGGUUACUUUUUUUUUUAGCUUUCUUUGUCAGAAACCCAAAUAUAGAAUGCUUGUUUACAUAUGCUUUAGCGUUAACCUUGUGAAAUUACCGUGUACCUGUAUAGUCCUGGCUUCUUAAAUUUUGUCAGUGUCUUGUAAAAAUGCCUUUACAAUUUCCUUUUGCAUAAGAAGUUUUAAUUUUGUAAGCAAGAAUCUAUUUUUCUCCUCAUUUUGUUUCCUUGCUCAUUACUGUUAAUGAAAAAAUUGUGGAUCUCAUUAAUUUUUUUUAUUGAUCACUGCUCCUUGUCUAUGGCUAAUACAGGGCUAGCAUUCAACAGACUUCUGGCAUGUGCACGACUUUGCUUUUAGAUGCUUCUUCAUCAUAUCCCUUGCUUCCAGUAGAAAUGUCUAUUGAUGCACUUUGCUUGGUUUUUUCCACAAAUAAAAUGUUCAAUUUA